AUCAUGUUCACUAAGGCCGUCAUCGCUCUCGCCCUUGUAGCCGUCACUCUGGCUGCUCCUUCACAGCCUUCCUAUGGAUAUGCUCCUCCGGCAACCUAUGAUGCUCCCGCUAAGUACGACUUCAACUACGCCGUGAAGGACGACUACUCCGGCAACGACUUUGGUCACCAAGAGGCCCGUGACGGAUACGACACCCAGGGAUCUUACUACGUCCUCCUUCCCGACGGUCGUCUGCAGAAGGUCACCUACACUGUCAAUGGCGACUCUGGUUACGUGGCUGAGGUCAGCUAUAGGGUGAAGCCCAGUACCCGAGUACAAGCCUGCUCCUGCCUACAAGCCUGCUCCUGCCUACAACCCGCCCCCGCUUACGAGCCAGCCCCUGCCUACAACCUGAACCUACAUACGCCUAAAUUAAACCAAUAUUUUACAAGGAAUAUUUAUUAA